AUUAAUCAGAAUACUCCGGUAAAAUGUACAAUAAUGACACUAAAAGAAAUAAUUUUUCGAAUACGUACGUCAUGUUAGAUAGUUAUUGGUGGAUAACGAUUUGCGCGCGCAUCAGUGUCGUUAGAAAUUUUCUGAUGUAAACGAUGUAAAUAAACGCGGGUUCCACAAGCAUGGUCAUGUGCUUCGACCCACUAAAUACCGGCAUAACAAAUUAACACAGAAGAGGAAAUAAUUAAUUGAAUCAGGCUGUUUCCAAGUGCUUCCCGAGAUUGAAACUUGUUGGUGGACGAGUACCAGGUAGAAGAUAGUAUCCAGAUUUAGUCAGAAAGAUAAGAAAACUAAUGCAAUGGAAUUAGUGGAACUAACAUCAGAUGAUGAUUCGUUCGAAAGCCCAGUUUUACUGCCAAAGCCGUCGACGGCAAAGGGUAGUUCGAAAUCAAGGAAAAAAACAACUGAACAACACUUUAUCGAGAUUAUGACCUCAUCUGAGGAAUCAGAUGGGGGCACAAGUGAAGAUUUCAAGCCGACUUUCGUUGGCAAAGAGAAUAUGCCAAUAAUAAAAUCUACAUCCUCACCAAAAAUCAUUGGACUCGGACCAGAAGAUAGUGCGCCAAGUGAUGCCUCUCUCCAGACUAAUCAUUCUGAAGGGAUCGAAGUGCCUGCAAAUCUUCAAGGUCAGGCAUACUCAAAACCUGCACCUAGAAGAUUCUUUCGUUGGGGAUCUGGUGAAGAAGAAUCAAGCUCGAUGUUCAAGAAGAGACCUUUAACGAGCCCAAGUGUAAAUGAAGCUAAAAGACGAAACAUUGAGUUUUAUGACGUUGAUAACGCUGACAGCAUUAGCAAUCCACUGGCCAGCUCUGAUGGUUGUUGUGAUGUCGAUCCUCCUGUUCCAAUUGUUACUCGUCACCACAGAUUAGAAAUUGCUGGGGUAAAAGUGGAUUUUCCUUUGAAUCCCUAUCCAGCUCAGAAAGCAGUUAUGAAUGCGCUUAUAAAAGGGUGCAGAAACGAAGAGCACUCCUUGAUAGAAAGUCCAACGGGUAGUGGAAAGACCCUCGCCUUACUUUGUGGAGCUCUAGCGUGGCAGGGCCAGUACGCCGAGGAUUAUAAAGUCCAAAUGGCAGCGUAUAUGAGGUCCAUGGAGUCGUCUAUGUUGACAGGAGAAAACUCAGCGGGUGAAGCGGGAAAGAUUCCCGGCGAAAAAAACGAUGUAAACAAAAAAGAUGGUGCAGAUUCGACGUCACCACCUCCUCCGCCAGUCAAACUACCUAAAAGACCUCCAAAAAUCUAUUAUGGGUCCAGAACACAUCGCCAGAUCUCACAGGUAACCAAGGAGUUAAGGAGGACAAUUUAUAGAGAGACAAAAAUGACUAUUUUAAGUAGUCGCGAUUUCACCUGCAUCCAGCAAGGAAAUAGAAACAAAACGGAGCUGUGUAAUGAGUUUAUGGAUCCUUUAAAGAAAGCACGUUGUCCUUAUUACAACGAAAACAACAAACAGGAAAUAUCACAUUAUGAUGCUCUCAACCACAUGGGCUUCCCAAUGCCCUUUGACAUCGAAGACAUGGUAAACUUGGGUAAUGAACGAGGAUGCUGUCCAUACUUUGCUGCAAGAAAUCUCAUGGUGGAGGCAGACCUCAUUCUCUGCCCAUAUAACUAUCUCAUCGAUCCUUCUAUCCGUAAAGUAAUGCAGAUAAACUUGCAGGAUGCGAUAAUAAUUCUGGACGAGGCGCACAACAUCGAAGACAUUUGCAGAGCUUCUGCGAGCACCUCCUUCACCAUCGAAGAGCUCGACGCAGUGAUCGACGAUUGCUCAGAAUUCCACAAACACUGCACCAGCGUAUAUGAUAAAGAGCCCGAUUUUGUCGAAGUCUGUUACUACUUCUGCUCAAAGUUAAAAAAUCUCAUCGAAACCAGACCGGACCUCAAGAAAAGGGACUCUAAAUCAAACAGUGCUGUCUACAGUCCCAUCUGGAAUGGUUCAGAAUUCCAGCAAAUUCUGGAAUUACAUGGAAUAAGUUUUGCAAUAACCAAGAGAUUUUUAAUUGCAGUGACAGAAGCUGGAGAACACCAGAACAAAGUGCGCGAUGAUCUGGCAGCUGGAGCGCCAAUCGGCGUGACUCUCUCCAUGGCAACAAUGAGGAUCCUAGAAAAAUAUCAAUAUCCAUUCCAGAUGUUUCGAUGCAGUGAAAAAAGAGAUGAUUUCAGAGUAUUUGUGAAGGAGGCGACAGAGUGGCUCCCCUCAAGCAAAUCGGGUGUUCAUCCUGAGACUGUGAGAACCCUAGAGUGCCUGUGUAUGAAUCCAGGAGUGGUGUUUUCUCCUUUAGCUGAAUCUGCAAGAUCCAUAAUUCUAGCAUCAGGCACUCUUUCUCCAAUUAUCUCUUUCGCCAGUGAGUUGGGUACGACUUUCAAACAAAUUCUCCAAAAUAAACACGUGAUUCCCAAGGAAAAUGUCCACAUCCGAGUUAUCCCAAAGGGACCCCAAGGAAUUGCUAUUAAGGCAACUUACGAUAAUACUAGUCAGUGGAAGGUGCAGGACGAAAUUGGAAGAGUUAUUGUUGAUGCUUGUGAGUCUGUUCCAUUCGGAGUUCUUUGCUUUCUUCCUUCUUAUGCACUUCUCAACACAAUCUUCACACGAAUGACUGAAAAUGGCACCAUGAGUCGAAUUCGAAAGAUCAAGGUUGUAUUCACUGAGCCCAAGAGGAAUGCAGAACUUGAUGAAGUGAUGAGAGACUACAGAGGUAUAAUUAAACAACUUACUGACAAUCCCGGAAUGGAUGGAGUUACUGGAGCUCUUCUCUUCGCUGUUUUCAGAGGCAAAGUGGCUGAGGGAAUUGACUUCAGUGACAAUGAGGCAAGAGCUGUCAUCACGAUUGGUAUUCCCUAUGCUGUUCAUACUGAUCCUGCAGUCAACCUCAAGAUUAAGUAUAAUGAUCAGAAUAAGCCGAAGCAAUUGAUGUCAGGUGGGGAGUGGUACAAGGUACAGGCUUACCGAGCUCUCAAUCAGGCAUUGGGAAGAUGCAUCAGGCAUAUCAGUGAUUGGGGGGCUAUCUUGCUCGUUGACGAGCGUCUGAUGGACUCUAACGGUCAGAAAUAUCUUCCUAAGUGGAUGAAGACUAUCUGGGGAAUGGGACCCGAGCACGAUACCAAUACUAUGAAAUUUCAGUUGAGUACAUUUGUUAAAGAACGUACUAAGGCUGCAGAACUCAAGAAGACUGAAGGUUCGCGACUACUUCAAAUCCUAGAAUAGAUACAACGCAUUGUUCGCCAUUGAUCCACAGCUCACACCAUGACUGCUUCUCGUAACUCAAUCAUUACUUUAAUUACUUGCACGGGUGAAAACAGGAAUAAAAAACGGACCACUUUUAUCUUUUUCAUGAUUUGACGUUUUGCAAAAAUGUGGUUUCAUUCAUUACUUUCUUAUUCUUAUUCAUUUCCUGCCUCAAAGGGAAAUUUCUGAAAAUAUUUUCUCCCUACAAUUAUUUUUCUGUAGAGAAAUCUUAUGGUCAAUCUCUUCAUGUUCCUGUCCAUAAAAAAAAAUUACAAAAUAAUUUUCGAAUUUGGUUUAGACUCACUGAAGAAAUAACUAAAGAAAAUUGCGUAUGGGGAAUUUAGAAGAGCUAUCUGGAAAAGAUGGUGAGAUUGGUGUAUUCAAAUUUUUCAUAAUCUGCAGAUUUUUUGAAUUAGUUUUC